AUGCCUUCUCUUCGCCAGAUGGAACCUUCAGAGUCUAACUCUCCACCAGCCUCUUCGGCUGGCCCUCUCCCUGGCUUCACGAGUGUGUCCAAGAGCUCUGCCGCUGCCACGCCUUCGCAAAGCCUGACUGAUGCCCUCAAUGACCUCGCCAAGUCUCGCUUGACAACGGGCGCAAUUAACACACCCAACACCGCCCGGACUUACACUUCCACCUCUAGCCAUGACACAACUUCAUCUGAUAUGGCCGCUACCAUUCUCGCCUCAACUUUGCAGUCGCCAUGUUUCUACCAUCAGCGAUUUGCUGAUGCUGUCGACAUCGGCAAGGUCCUCGAGGAAAUCAAGAAUGAUGUUUCCAUGUCACAUUCGCGUCUUGUCGCGACUGCAACUGGUGUUCGAGAGGUUUCCAAGCAGCUUCAGCGCCGUCCCAUCAAGCGUGCAGUCCGCAACAUCAUGAUUGUCACCAAGGCACGCGAUAACCAGCUCGUCUACCUUACUCGCGAGCUUGCCGGGUGGCUUCUACGAACCCCACGUUAUGGCUCCGACCUGGGCGUGAAUGUCUACGUCGAUGCUAAGCUUCGCAACUCACGACGUUUCGACUCAUCUGGUCUCCUUGCCGAGAACCCGCGCUUCCAGCAUAUGCUUAAGUACUGGACACCCGAUUUGUGCUGGAGUCAGCCCGAGAAGUUCGAUCUUGUCUUGACUCUUGGUGGCGAUGGCACCGUCCUCUUCACCUCAUGGCUCUUCCAGCGCAUUGUACCUCCUGUGCUCUCAUUCAGUCUGGGAAGUCUAGGUUUCAUGACCACAUUUGAGUUUGAGAAGUACAAAGAACAUCUCAACAGAGUCAUGGGCGAUGAUGGCAUGAAAAUUAACCUCCGCAUGCGCUUCACGUGUACUGUUCAUCGCAGCAACCGUGGAGCCGGUGCUUUGGACGCACCCAAGCUCGAAGAACUUGAGCAAUUCGAAGUUCUUAACGAACUCGUCAUCGAUCGUGGUCCUUCUCCCUAUGUGUCCAACCUGGAGCUCUACGGUGAUGAUGAACUCCUUACUGUUGUACAAGCAGAUGGUUGCAUCUUCUCCACCCCGACUGGCUCUACAGCAUAUUCUCUAUCUGCCGGUGGCGCUCUUGUUCACCCUGACAUUCCUGCCAUCCUUCUUACACCCAUCUGCCCUCAUACACUAUCCUUCCGCCCCAUGGUUCUUUCUGAUACCAUGGCUCUUCGAGUUGUUGUUCCUCGAAAUUCUCGAGCCACUGCCUAUUGCGCUUUUGAUGGCAAGGGUCGACUUGAGCUGCGACAAGGUGACCACGUCACAAUCACUGCCUCUCAGUACCCCUUCCCUACUGUGACACGUACCGAUACAGAGUGGUUUGACAGCGUGAGCCGUACUCUUCGCUGGAAUGUUAGAGCUUCCGCACAGAAGCCCUUCGACGCCGACACUGGAGAUAGUUGCAACGAUGAUGACGAUAUCGGUUGGGAUAUUGACACUGACAGUGCAUGCUACGCAAGUGAAGAUGGUAGUGUCAGUGCCAGCCCCAUCCGUCGGCAAAUGAGCCUUCUGGGUAUGUGA